GAAUACGGAUCCGUCACGGAAAUCGUAGGAAAUUGUGCAAUGUGUAUAUUGCAGUCGUUUUUGUGAAAGGGACGAAGCGGAUGGACUCGGUGGUGGAGAAUAUCCGCGAAUAAAUCAGAAUGUAAAAAACAUAUACGGCAUCGCUGCGCCAUUCCGCGGUCUCCUCGCGCCCCGGCGUAAUGAUUUGAACCAGCUUUCAGGCGCCGAGCGGACUUUGCCAUUUAAAGCUAACCUCUAUCAGCAGUCCGAUCGCAGUCGGAACUCCGGGACGAGAGACACGGGACGUCGGAUGGCCGCGAUGGACGAGGACGCGAAUCGACUGAGUAAAUACAUGAAGCAUUCGCUGAAAACGGCGCCGAAAACAAACGUGCUGGAAUGUCGUGUUUGCGAGGAGGUUUUCACGGUGGACGGCGUGAAGGUGCCGCGUUUGUUGCACUGCGGGCACACGGUGUGCCACUCGUGCUUGUUGCGGUUGAGGACUUGCAUGUCGGAGCAGCAGUUCCUGCUGUGUCCCUUUGAUCGGCAGCCCACCGCCAUUCACGAGAACAGCGUCUACAGCCUGAAGAAGAACUUUGCGCUUAUCGAGCUGCUCGAGCGACUCGAGCAGUCCAGCAGUCAGAAAACGUUGGUACUGGAGCGCGAGAGGCUUCAGUCGAAUCUGUCCUGCGACGAGGAUGAGGCGCACACCGCAGUCCUCUACUGUACCGUCUGCGCCACGCAUCUGUGCGAGGCUUGCGACACCACCACCCACUCGUCCAAGACGCUGGGCAAACACAGACGCGUGCCGCUGUCGGAGAAGCCGCGCGAGAAGCCUCGUUGUCCGAUACACACGGCGCACGUGGCCGAGUUCACGUGUACGCAAGAAGGCUGCCACAACUCCUUGAUGUGCUAUUUAUGCAAAGAGUACGGCAAACACAGUACCCACAAGCCGGCUUUGGUCGAGGAAGAAGCAGAGAACAUCAGAAAGUCCAUUAUUGCGGCAUUGCAGAAGAUGACUCAGUUUAUGGAGAGCAUGAGAGAUACCGCACACAAGAUAGAAAUAGUAAUCGAAGAAUUGGAAGGUUGGGCGAUCGAAGAUGCGAGGAGGAGAGUACGAUAUCAUUUUGAGGAAUUACGCGCUGUUCUGGCCGAACAGGAGAAAACAGCGAUGGCGUACAUCGAGACGGAGACUCGCGGUAGACUUUGCGCGCUGAGGCAGCAGCAGAAGGAUCUCACGACCACGAGGUCGCAAGUGGCCGGUGUGUGCAUCCAAUGCGAAAGCAUACUUGAUUCCGAGGACUGGAAGUUGUUGAGCAGCUCGGAAAAGGUCAAGGAAGUGCUGGCGACAUUGGAGCAACAGCAGCAACAUUAUGCGCAAUUAGGACCGGAUUUUCUCAGUCCCGAGUCCUCUAUUCCUAUUAUAUUUAGCAGGGAUAACAGGAUACACAUUGGGACGAAGAUCGAUAUGCGCGUAGUGAUCCUGGGAUUAGAUGGAGCAGGAAAAACGAGCAUUUUAUCUGCCAUGCGAGGCGUUACGCUGCCAAGUCCACCGAUUCCCACUAUCGGUUUCAACGUUGAAAGCUUGGAGUACAUGAAUCUUGUAUUUACUCUCUGGGACGUCAGCGGUCAUCAAAAGUUCAGGCCACUGUGGAAGCAUUAUUACCAUAACACGCAAGCAAUUAUUUUCGUGGUUGACGCUAGCGAUAGGUCUCGCUUCGAAGAGGCACGAAAAGAAUUAUCGAAGAUACUUUAUGAACGAGAAUUGAAGGAUGCUCUACUUUUAAUCUAUGCUAAUAAACAGGACGUUCCUGGCUGUGCGAGCGUGGAGGAGCUGAUCGAUGUAUUCGGUUUGCAUAAACUUUGUUGUGCGAGAAUAUGGCACAUUCAGGGCUCGUCAUUAGUUAGCAAUGCCAGUGGUACAUUGCAGGGUCUCGACUGGCUUUCGACACAAUGCGUAUAGAAUUUUCUUUCUUUUAUAAAAUUAAUUAUGGAAAAAGCCGAGGAGACACGUUUCACGCUAAUUAGUGGCGACUUAAACGCAAGGACGAAGCAGACUGAAGUUAGAUAGGUAGAUAAAAAUCACGCAAAAUAAGUUAUUUUUACGUAUAGUCAACGUCGAAAAUGAUUUGUUUUCUAACUAUUUCACAAAACAAAUUCUAUCGGAUGUCGCAUGUAGGAGAAUUACAUCAAAACGUAGUAUCUCAAACAUUUCGACGUCGACCAUACUUUGAUAAAAUUAUUAUUUUUGUUAUUUAUAAUGUAAAUCUUUUUUUUUUUUUUUAUUCGCUCUGUGAGCGAAUGUGUCACAAAUUUAUCUUAUAUCGUCGCAGAUCUGUUAGCUCGUCAAUUCACGAGAUAAACUUGUUCUAUUAAACCGAAUAGGUACAUUUAUUACGCCAACAAAUAAUUAACAAUUAAGACUUUUCAAUCAAUUGGCUAUCAUCGCCAUGACAAAUCGAUCAUUAGUUUUGGGCAGAUUAAUCAUCAAGAAUUUCGACUCUGGCUGAGGUAAUAU